AAAGAUCUACACUGUCCACGAGCCACAAUAGCUGCGGCUUUGCUCUUCUGAGGAUGAAUGUGCAUGGACAUUAUAUUAUGAUUACAUUACAUACAGAAAAUAUUGGAUUCAAGUAGUAGUUCAUUGAUCCGUGAUUUUUCUUUUUCAUUAAUUUAAAUAAUCACUAUUUCAAAUCAAUGAUUUUUAUCGAUUUUGUUUGUUGCAAGCACAACACUACUGACAAGCAAACGUCAAAAUAAAUAUAUGCUAUCUUGCAGCUGGCGCAGUGUCUGAGAUUGUUUUUCUUUGUUGUUGAUAGCGAAAAUACUUGAAAAAUGAAGAAUUUCCCUGUAUUUGUUUUCCCCGUAUCUUUAGAAUUUUAUUUAAAUGCUAGACAUACACAUAAACAAUUACUGACUGUUUAUAACCCGUACGAUUUUUCUGUGAAUUUUAAAGUACUGUGCACGUCGCCUAACAAAUUUACUGUAAUCGAUCCCGAAGGUGUUAUAGCUCCACAAAGCUGUAUAGACAUUGUAGUAAGAUACACACAGCCUUCUAUUUCUCAUUGUGACACAACAGAGAAGUUUAGGAUAACAAUGUAUGACAGGAACACUCAACAGGCCUUGGGAAAAAGGGACAUUCCUACAAAAUUAAUAGAAGGAGAACCAUCCAGUACAAAUCCAGAAAGUUUAGGUGACAGUUUUCACCCCCUUGCAGCCAGAACUGCACCUGUCAGGCCGAUAGAGGAGCAGCCACGCAUCACAUCUUCACAGUGCCACCACCCAGCACACCACAGAGAACAACAGCCUGUGAAUGUGGUGGCCGUGGCAGUCAGUAUAUGCUGCAUCGCUGCACUUUUGCUGCCCACACAACCAGAGCAAGUGCCCAAGUCUCAGUGGCCUGAGUGGCUUCACAUUGGCUCUAAUCUUAAACUAGUAUUUUCGUUUGUUCUCGGAUUAGUAAGUAUGCUAGUUUUGAGGCCAUAAAGUUAAUUGAUAGAUUUUACUCUUUUGUGGUGGUGAUUUGAUAGAGCUGGCUUCUAUUUAGUACCUGCUGUUGACAUAUGUUUCAAGCAUUUAUGUGCAUCUAUGUUUGUACCUAUCAAUUUUUGGGUGUAUAUGUGAAUUUUAUUUGAAAUCAUUGAGUAUACAUUUGAUCAGACAUAAUAUUUCAUACAAUACUUCUAAAAUCUGAUAAGUUUGCUCUAAAGUGAAUUGGAAUUAUUCCAAUCUGUAACUGUGUUUGUCCUCUUAGAUUGACUGAUUGGGAAAAGUUAUGUCUUGAUCCUAUUUACAGGAGAUUUACAGGGUAAAUUCACUGGCAAUUUUUAACAUCUGUAUCAUCGACCGCGAUUGAUAAUGACCUGUGUGAUCUGAAGAAGACCAUAAUUUCUAAUAAGUUAAAUACAUAAUAUACAUUUGACUUUUUGUUGGGCUUUCAGGAUUUUCUUAGGUGGGGUGAUUUCCUCAGGUAGGGGUCUAAGUACUACUGUACAUUAUGUGUACUUAUAUGGUUAUUACAAUGAUAUUAUUACAAAUUGUAAGAUUGCUGUGGAAUAUUUUUCUUUUUUUAAAAUUGGUGCUAGUUAUAUGUUUUAUUAAUGUGACAAUGAUGUGAUUUUAUAAUAAUUUUUAUUAAUAUGGUGUAAGUUUUGUGAUUUUAAAAUUUAAAUCUGGCAUUCUUGUUGUUUCAAUCUGAACAAACCUAAAUUAUACAAGGCUAUUAGUACUUAUAUUUUCCCAUCCAUAUUACGAGUACUAACACUUCUGUUAAGAGAGCACUCCCGGCUUACUAGCGUUACGAUCUUAUUUUAUAUCAAUAUCUUUUAAUUUAGAGUGAAAACUAAAAAAUAUGCCACAGGAGAUUAUGCUACGCUAGAUAAAGAGUUUUAAAAGACAGUAUUAUACAAUAUGUAGUCAGAACCAACAUCCUUGAAUUGGGAAACAAUAUAAACGCCUAGGAUUUUGAUUACCACCAUCCAAUAAAAAACAUUCUAAUGUAAUUAAUUAUCAUAAUAUGUAGUACCACUUCUAGUCUUCACUAAUAAAUAAAAUAAAUGGAUAACAAUGUGAUUGGUCGCGCUAGUGUGCGGGUAGGCCGUGAUACUGAUUCGUAUUUUAUUUUGAAAUACUCUUUGUGUUAACCCUAAAUUAUAUGGAUAUGUAUAUAAAAAAAUAGACUAUGCAAUGCAUAUUUUAAUGUAAAUAGUUUGUAUUUGAGUCUUGUAUAACUGUGAGUGAAUGGUCUUAUUUUAAUUAAUAUGAAGGGAUGUUUAAUGUUUACUGUAUGUACCACAAGAUUUUUGACGAAUAAAUAAUCAGUACUAUAAAGUAGUUCGGUUAAAGAUCUUGUGUAUAAAAAUCCAUCAAUCCUUUGUAAAAUCCCUUGUGAUUGGGACCACCUUUAAAAGUUCAUGCCAAAUAUAAUAUCAAUAAAUCA